GGGAAGGCUUUAACGGAGGGACACCUGUGCAAAGAUGGGAGACGUACCAGACAACGCACCCGAACACUGUCCAGGCACAGAAAGUGAGCAAGCAGGAAAGUCUGCAUCAUGUCAGGGCUGUCCCAACCAGAAACUGUGUGCUUCUGGAGCCACAAAGGCCCCUGACCCUGCAAUUGCAGAAAUAGGAAUAAAGCUGUCAACAGUCAAACACAAGAUCUUGGUGCUGUCUGGAAAAGGAGGAGUGGGGAAGAGUACUUUUAGUGCACACCUGGCCCAUGCCCUCGCUAGUGACACCACAAAGGAGGUUGCACUGUUGGAUGUGGAUAUCUGUGGUCCAUCCAUUCCUCGGAUCAUGGGCUUAGAGGGAGAACAAGUUCACCAGAGCGGCUCAGGCUGGUCCCCUGUGUACGUGGAGGACAACCUGGCAGUCAUGUCUAUUGGCUUCCUGCUCGGUAGCCCGGAUGAUGCUGUGAUCUGGAGAGGACCGAAGAAGAACGGGAUGAUCAAACAGUUUCUGAGGGAUGUUGACUGGGGGGAGCUGGACUACCUCAUCGUGGACACUCCACCCGGCACCUCUGACGAACAUCUGUCCAUCGUCCAGUAUCUGAGCUCCACCCAUGUAGAUGGAGCCGUUAUUAUCACCACGCCACAGGAGGUGUCGUUGCAGGACGUACGGAAAGAAAUCAGGUUCUGCAAGAAGGUGAAGCUGCCAAUCAUCGGAGUGGUGGAGAACAUGAGCGGCUUCGUCUGUCCCAAAUGCAAGAACACGUCGCAGAUCUUCCCUCCCACCAGCGGGGGCGCUGAGAAAAUGUGUGCAGAUCUAAAUCUGCCGCUGUUAGGAAAAGUACCUCUCGACCCCAGAAUAGCACGGAGCUGCGAUGAGGGCAAGUCUUUCCUCAGUGAAGUACCUGACUCUCCUGCUGCUCAAGCCUAUCAGAGAAUUGUGCAAAGCAUCCAGGACUACUGUUCCAACAGAGUGACAGAGGAGCAGAGUGCAACCUGAACCCAACGCAUGGCGGCCAUAUUGGAACAGACAAAUCACAUGACAAGAGUGUAGUCGAAAACUGCUGAACAAAAACACACACAGGAAAGCUCAAAAAGAGCAAUAUGACGAUGUUUAGUGAAGCUUGUCAGAAUUACCUGAAUAUUAUAAGGAAUGACAAGUCGUGAGUCUGUCAGAUAUCGCUGUGCCAUUCUUCUUCUGAAAGUGCGAUAUUUACUUGAAGAGUUGACCAAAAAAGAUAAAUAUAUGAUAAUUAAUAAUGCUUCAAUUGUUGUACAAUUCAAGUUAGUUCCACUUUGUAAUAAAAUAAUUAGUCUUGUUGCAUCUUUAUAAUAAAAGUGGCCUAUUUAAAAAGCACUUUGGCCUAAUUUUAAACAUGACCGUUUGCGUUAUAUAAUGAUCCUAGUCGAGAUAAAUGGGUUACACAUUUAGAGUUUCACCUUUAGACAAUUAUUUUGUGAAACACCAGGGCACUGGAGUUUUAACUGAGGUCAAACAUGAGUAAAUAGUACAUUUGUUGAUUGGUGUGGCUUAUUAAAGCCCAGCUAUAAAGGAUUUAUGUGUGUUUCAGGGUAAUUCUAAAGUUUUAUGACACUGGCUACACGAAUAACACAUGUUGUAGGUACAUUCCAUUUCAAGUUUGUCUUUUCAUGCAGUACGCUAACAAUAGGAAAAAUGUAAAAUUUUAGACUUACCUUUAUGGCAGUUAAUUUAAAGGGGGGGCAUUUUCAGGGGUAAUGACUCAUUAUUUCAGGACCCAACAUGAUAUGAAGGAUAGUGUAGGUUAUUGUCAGUGUCUUAUAUAACUAUCUUUCCAGAAAUGUUGGAACGCUAUGUGAAAUGUCAUAAAAAAGGACAACCAAAAUGCAAUGAUUUGGAUAUCCUUCAAAUCCCAUAUUUAUUUACAAAACUGCAAAUACAGAAUAGUGAAUGUUAAAAUUGGGACACUGAACUGUUGGGGGCUUUUUGUUUAUUGUUUUUUUUUUUUUUUUUUUUUAAUAUUGCACUUCACUCCAAAAAACCCCAUGAAGUUAUGUGAUGAUCGGCAUGUUUGUCUCUUUGUCCAUCUGUGUGCAACAUUAUUCAAAAGCAGACUAAUAGAUUUGGAUAACAUUUUCAGGGAAGGUCAGAAAUGACACAAGGACCACCUGAUCAGAUUUAAGCAAUGAUGCGGCUUAUAAUGUGGAUCCACACAUUUAUUAAUGACUUCUGUAUCAUUGCGAGAUAGCGACACAGCGUCACUGUAACUAUGACUACAAGUGAACGCUACGUCAGCUGCUCACUGAUGAUCACAUGAUUGUGAUCCUACUACAAAUCCACUGCUGUGGACAUAUCAGGACUUAUCCGUCGGAAAUCAUACAACAACUGAGCAGCCUGAGCAGAUUACUGUGCUCUCAUUGCCAUGUUGCAUCGCCUCUUUUAACAAACCUGUAAAAUAUUUCGGUAUGUCACAGAACUACUGAUGCAGUUUUGAUAAUGAAGUGUUUUCCCAUUUUUCAUUCAGGGCCUUCUUUGUCAUGCAUUUCCUUUCAUACUGUGACAAAUGUUUUCAUUGCAGACAAGUCUGGACUGCAGGCAGACUAGUUUAGCUCUCUGGGUUAAUGCUGCCUUCACUGAUAGGCAAGUUACUCCUACCACUAACACACCCUCAUGCCAUCAUGUUUGCGGGUUUCUGAACUGUAUGCUGGGAACAACCUGGGUGGUCUCUCUCUCCUCUUUAGCCUGAAUGAUACAGCAUCUAUGAUUUCCAAAAAGAGCUGGUUAUACCACAGCACGGUUUACCUCAGUCCAUCUUGAAUGAGCCCAGCACCGUUUUCCUGAUCUUAUUUGUAUGUCUUUACUGAUGUCAUCCAGUUUUAACCUGUAUACAUCCUAUGUUGCUUUUUUGAGAUAUUCCAGAGCCCACGUUGUGAUUUUCUCAACAGGAUUGCGUCUGGUUUUUUGAUAUGAGGUUUAAAUGAAUUGCAGAUCAUUUCAUUCUGUUUUUUCUUACAUUCUACACAGGAUCCCAACUUUUCUUGGAAACAGCAUUAUACAGUAUGCUAAUUCACUCAAUGUGCUUUAGCAGGCGAGAUGAUGUCUGUUCAACGCAAACUUUUGAUCAUGUAGUAAAUAAUGUUAUAUGUUAUGUUAUAUAUUCAACCAUUUCCUACAAGGACAUUUUGGUGCCCGAAAUCUAAAAGAGAGAAAGGCCAAUGAUUUCACAAUCAGCUGGAUUUUGUUGUUCACCCAUUUAGGACACCAGAUGAUGAAGUCUUCCAACUUUUCACUGGAUUCUACUUUCAAAUGAGCAGACAAAGUUAACCUUCUUUUCUAUACCGUUGGUUCUGAGAUAUAGAUAACCCUAUUAAAGUCUGACAAUGCACGUUGUGCAUGAAGCUUAAAUUUCACUUUUAUGGAUGUUGUGAUGUUUGUUCAUUUUAUAAAAUCUGGAAAUACUGGUUGUGUUUUGCUCAUAAUAACUGUCAAUUUUCUUCUGAGUUUAGUUUACAUCGCAUUUAUUUACGACUUAAGUGUUUCAAUUUUUCCUGAUUUGCAGUAAACAUUACAUUUAAAUGUGGAUUCCCCGAUUUGUGUCAUUUGACUAUUGAUCCGUUAAGUACACCUGUUCUGACAAAUGUUUUUGUUUAACUGACUUGCUAAAACUGAUUUCCAAAAUAAAUGACCGGACCGAUGACUGAAUAAAA